AUGAAAUACAUCUCAGUGCUAGUUGUGCCUACACUGGCAGCAUUCGUUCGUGCUCAAUCUGCACCGAACUUUCAAGUUCAAGUCGACACCAAUCUGCGUGUCGACUUUCUCAGCAGUUCGACAAGCGUUGCCCCAGCCGGCGUUCUGCUACCCAAGGACGACGUUCUCGAUGGGCCAACGGUAUAUGGUCCGGCAAACGCCACGGAAGAAGCCACCUAUAUACUCUUCGUGGUCGACGAGGAUGUCAAUACAGGAAACGGUCCGCGAGUUCAGUUACUCCACUACUUCCAACCCAACCUUGUUGGCAUCAACCAUGAAUUAUCCAUCCAGCCGGGGGCGCGGAAUGCCACAACGGCGGUCGGUGCGGAGUAUUUUACUCCCUCGCCACCUGGAGGAGAUGGACCACACAGAUACACAUUGCUGCUCUAUCCUCAGCCAGAGGGAUUCACCGUGCCGCAGGCAUACAUCUCCUUCAGUCCACCUGUCGACACGAAUGCAAGAUACCCUUUCAAUAUGUCUGGUUUCGCUGCUGCUGCCGGUCUGGGACAGCCAAUUGCAGCAAACUGGUUCCGUGUUGUGAAUGACACUAGUUCGACCUCGACAUCCUCAAGCUCUACCAGUUCAGCCACCGAGAGUGCUGCUACAACAUCAGUUGAAACGGGCACGGUCGCUUCGACUCCGACCUCCACUGGUGCGAGUACAAGUGCUAGUGCAAGUGCUAGUACAGCAGCCAAUUCGGCAGCAGGACUAGAUGAGGUGCGUGCUGGUGCAAGAGAAUUGACCAUGGGGCUUGCUAUGGGCAUCGCUGGUGCAUGGUUGUGGAUGCUGUAA